AAAAUCAAAAGGGGCAAUACUCAUUUUCUCACUCUCUCUCUCUAUCUGUGGGAAGCAGAAGCAGAAGCAGAAGCAGAAGCAGAGAGAAGGGCAAAAGAGAAAUGGACAUAAGCGAAGAACAAAGGGCAGCUCACAAGCGAGAGUUCCUAGAGUUCUUGGAUCAAGAUGUGGGGAGGGGCGUGUACAUGGACGAAAUAAAGGCGAUGAUAAACCACAAGCGCCACCGCCUCAUCGUCAACAUCUCCGAUCUACACUCCUUCCGCGACUUGGGCACCAGGAUUCUCAAGAAUCCAGGUGAGUACAUGCAACCUUUCUGUGACGCGGUCACGGACGCUGCUAAAUCUAUUGAUCCCAAGUACUUGAAGGAAGGAGAGCAUGUUCUUGUUGGGUUUGAAGGCCCUUUUGUUUCUCGCCGUGUCACGCCAAGAGAACUUCUUUCUGAAUUCAUUGGUUCCAUGGUCUGUGUCGAGGGCAUUGUCACCAAAUGUUCUCUUGUAAGGCCAAAGGUUGUAAAAAGUGUUCACUUCUGCCCUACAACUGGGAACUUUACUACUCGCGAAUAUCGAGACAUUGCAUCCAAUAUGGGUUUGCCCACUGGGUCUGUGUAUCCUACAAGGGAUGAAAGUGGAAACUUGUUGGUGACCGAGUAUGGAUUGUGCAGAUACAAAGAUCAUCAAACCUUGUCAAUGCAAGAAGUGCCAGAAAAUUCUGCCCCUGGUCAGCUUCCACGAACGGUGGAUAUCAUAGCUGAGGAUGACCUGGUUGAUUCAUGCAAGCCUGGAGACCGUGUGGCUAUUGUAGGGAUAUAUAAAGCUCUUCCUGGUAAAAGCAAGGGAAGUGUUAAUGGAGUAUUCAGGACUGUUCUUGUAGCGAACAAUGUUUCUCUGCUCAACAAAGAGGCAAAUGCACCAAUCUAUAGUCCUGAAGACUUAAAAAAUAUUAAAAAAAUAGCUGAGAGAGAUGAUACAUUUGACCUACUCGGGAAUUCACUGGCACCGUCUAUAUAUGGGCAUUCAUGGAUAAAGAAAGCUGUAAUUUUAUUGAUGCUUAGUGGAGUGGAAAAGAACUUAAAGAAUGGAACCCACUUGCGAGGCGACAUAAAUAUGAUGAUGGUUGGUGAUCCUUCUGUUGCCAAGUCUCAACUUCUAAGAGCCAUUAUGAAUAUUGCUCCCUUGGCCAUAUCAACUACAGGUCGGGGUUCUUCUGGCGUUGGUUUGACUGCUGCAGUUACUUCAGAUCAAGAAACAGGAGAAAGAAGGCUAGAAGCUGGUGCGAUGGUUCUUGCUGAUCGAGGUGUUGUGUGUAUUGAUGAAUUUGACAAGAUGAAUGAUCAAGAUCGUGUUGCCAUACAUGAAGUUAUGGAGCAGCAGACUGUAACUAUUGCCAAAGCUGGUAUUCAUGCGUCACUCAAUGCUCGAUGCAGUGUGGUGGCUGCUGCAAAUCCCAUAUAUGGAACUUAUGAUCGUUCAUUGACUCCGACGAAGAAUAUUGGACUCCCAGAUUCUCUGCUUUCUCGUUUUGAUUUACUAUUUAUAGUAUUGGAUCAAAUGGAUCCUGAUAUUGAUCGUCAAAUCUCUGAGCAUGUUUUGCGCAUGCACCGGUACCGUUCUGCAGUUGGAGGUGAGGCGACACUUGAUGGGAGCUCAAGAUAUGGAAGAGAAGACGAAUCUGAUGCUGACUCUGUCUUUGUUAAGUAUAACCGAAUGUUACAUGGAAAGAAAGUAGAAAGGGGACGGAAGCGUGAUACCCUUACCAUCAAGUUUCUAAAGAAGUAUAUUCAUUAUGCAAAGCAUAGGAUUCAGCCUGAUCUGACUGAUGAGGCAUCUGAACAGAUUGCAACAGCAUAUGCAGAGCUUAGAAAUACCGGUUCAACUGCAAAGACUGGGGGAACACUUCCAAUCACUGCUAGAACCUUAGAAACCAUAAUACGUCUCUCUACUGCUCAUGCCAAAUUGAAGUUGAGCAGAAAGGUUUCAAAGUCUGAUGUUGAUGCUGCCCUGAAGGUUUUAUAUUUUGCAAUAUAUCAUAAGGAAUUGACUGAAAUGGAGGAGCGUGAGCAUGAAAGGGAGAAAGAAUUGGAGAGAAAACGUAGGGCUGACCAUCCUGGUGGAAAUGAUAGAGACCAUCGUCCUGGAAAAAAAGAUAGACGCGAAAGUGGAACUUCAGAUGUAGAAGGUCCGAUGACGGACGCUAUGGAAGUGGAUGAUCCUCCUGCAGCCCAGUCUGCAGUUACUGUUUCUCAGGAAAGAAUAGAAGCAUUUAAUUCUUUAUUUGGUCAGCAUAUGAGGGCAAACCACUUGGAUCUCAUAUCCGUUUCAGAUAUAGAGAAUGUUGUCAACUCCGGAGCAGAUUUUCAUUAUGUGAGGACAGAGAUCAUGUUCCUGUUAGAGAAACUUCAAGAUGAUAACCGAGUGAUGAUAGCUGAUGGAGUGGUGCAUAUGAUUUCUUAAGUUGUAACAUGACCAACCCCAAUUACAAAAUUCAGGCAGAGACAGUGAAAUUGAGCAGCAUGGUAGGCACCUUGGGAGGAGAAACAUGGCAUUGAAGAGUUUGGUUUGCAGAGCUUGUGUAUCUGCUUGUUGAGGACUGUCUUAAGCUGAAAAUGAAAUUGGAAGUUGGAACUGCAUUAAAUUGAUAGGUUCUCCAUAGAUUUCUCUUGGCAGUGGUUUCUUUCUGUGUAUCAUUAUUUUUUCCUUUUUUGAGUUAUAAUGUCUAUGGCAAAUUAAUGUGAAAAGUUGGUAGAUCUCUAUGCUUGCUAGGUGUUUUAUAUUAAUGUAAUUGCCGCUGCCACAUGCUAAGGUUGUUUUAUUAGAUGAAAAUAGACAAUUCCCUCUGUUUUUAUCAGUCCUUUGAAUAUUUCCAUAGAAUCAAUGCCGGUACUUUCUAUCU